GAGGCGCUGCUUGGGGUAAAACUGUGUCUUUGUGCUCCCAAUAUUUGCCUCCAUGCCAGAAAUUGGCACCUAUGUUGAGGCCACUGGGAGCAACAUGUUGCUAUGGGGCACUGGUUAGGGAUCACUGAUCUACCAGCUGCUUCAGGAACCAUACAUAAUAGCCACGUACCCUACGCACAAUCACUUAUUCUCCAAUGAAACAUUCCCCAUUAUAUUUCUUAAAGUUAUAUUUCUAAAAACAUCAGAUAAAAAGCUCUAUCCUGUCCCUAUAUUGGAGAAAGUUUUUUUUAAAUUUCAUCCCGUUUCCUUUUUCAAUAGUAUAUUCCAUGCUGCCUGUUUGGGUGUGUGAUGCCAUGACAAUGGGGGGAGCAGCUUCCCCCCUCUGAUAAGGCCGUUGGUUGUAAUCAAACCACUACAGGGUUUCAGGGUUCUGUUUAACUGAUUCUCUGCUGUAACAGCCCAGUAAAAGUAAACAGCUGCCCUUUAUAUGAAAUGGUAUGUUCCAUGCUGCACAGUUACUGCUUAGCAGUGUAUCCUCGUGUAUGAUGACAUCACAAUGGGGAGGGAAGCUGUGAUGACAUCACAAUGCUUACACAGAGGCUUUACUUUCCCUUCUCAAAGUCUCAGGCAUUUGUUAGCUGGCAGGGUAGAGGGAGCUUGCUCCUAACACUUUGCCGUUCAACAAAUUUUUCUUGAUUUUUAAUCUUAUUUUCAAAGAAUUAUGAUUUUAUUCAUUUUUUUCUUAAUUAAAUGCUUUUUAGCUAUUCUUUUUGGAUUUUUCUUAGAUAACAAGAAUAUGGCCAUAUACAGUGCUUUGACCGGGCUGAUUUUUCUUUUUUUUUGGCUUAAGAAAUCGCCCAAUUGGCAAAAUGCACGUAAUCACCUAAAAUCAGUACUACCAAUUACACUGUGCACCUUGGCCGUACUGUAUGGAUAUUUCCAGGAAAGAAGGAUUGUGGUCACGCCCAUCUACAAUGUUUUUACUGGGCUGAUGGUAAUUUAUUAUUGGCGAAAGAAGUUGUUCCAUUACCAAAAAGCGCGUAAUCGCCAAAACUCAGUGAUACUGGCGAUAAUAUGCUCUUUAGCCAUACUUUACGGAUAUUUCCAAGAGAGAAAUAAUGUGGUCAUGCCCAUGUACAAUGCUUUUGCUGGGCUGACUGUCCUUUUUUAUUGGCUAAAGAAAUUGCAGAAGUUACAAAUUGAUCGUAAUUUCCCGAUUCCUGCAAUAGAUGUAGACAAACUAAAGGAAGGAAAGAAGGAAUUCAUUUACAGUGAGAGCAGUUUCUUGAACACGCUCAUCAGUGACAUCUGGCAACAAAUUGUGCAUUUCGCUAAUCACACCAUUAAACAUGAUUUUGAGAAAUUCGUGCACAAAAUUGUCCCAGGGCUCUCAUGUUUAAGAAUAAACCAUGUCGACCUCGGCAAGAAGGCUCCGAAAAUAACCGGGUUGGCACUGGAAUGGACGAAGGACAGAAAGCGCCUCUCCAUUGAUGUAAUGAUAGAAUUUAAUGGAGAUAUCUCGAUCAGAGCAUCACUCACAAAGAAACUGCUCAGAUUCGGAGUGAACGGAGUUAUGUUCAAGGGAAGAAUCCGAGUGUAUCUAGAACCAAUCCUGGACAAACCGCCGUUUAUUGGCGCAGCCACUAUUUACUUCCCUGAAAAACCGGAACUUUGUCUUAAAUUCACAGGCCAUACAAGACUGGCCAAUCCCACUAUGAUAAACACGUUCGUACACAAAAAGAUCCUAGAGGCAAUGGGAAUGCUUCUGAUUAAGCCAAAGGCUUUGUGCAUCCCAUUAGACCUGACUUAUAAAACGGAAGAGCUGAACUAUACAAGGACAAUGAAUAUAUUCCGUAUUUAUGUACUGGAAGCUGAGGGUUUUAGAUCUGAAGACUUCCGGACAGAAACCCUCAGUUCUUAUGUUGCCGUAAGCAGUGCCAAGCAAGAGGCAAGAACAAGUGUGGCCAACAACAGCCUUAAUCCAACAUGGCACCAGGCAUUUGAGAUGGCAUUUAAUGACAUCCCAGAGCAAGAGAUUGAAUUCCGGCUCUUUAAUGACAGACUUCUUAAGGGCAAGUUGCUGGGCAGUGGCUCCCGCUGGAUAAUGUGGCCCCUGCGAGGCUUCACAUUAGGAGUCAGCGGCUCAAACUUGUUACUGACCGUGCCGAGCUUAGGAAGGUAA